GGUUAGGUAGCGUCUCCGUUGACCUGGGCUGAUGGUAUGGAGCGGCAGGAGUUGCUUUGUGAAUGUGCGCAGAUUAUUGGUACCCUCUACUGAAUGUAACUCGCAGUGUAAUUCAAACCAUUUGUCAUUGCUGUUAAUUUCAUCAAAGAAGCAUGAUAAGGUGAGGUGUAAUAACAACUCAUAGACAGUGUAACAUGUAGCUUUCAUGUGUCUUUUUUUAUAAUCGAAAGGGAAACAACUCAAAGUUGUAUAAGCACGGGUAUAAGAAGGACUAAAAAGCAGCGUCAAUUAAUUUAUCAUGGGCUACUUUUAUUAUUAUUUGUGAUAAACUCAAUAAAUAACUUCAUUUUUAAGCAUGUCUGUUAUUUACCUAUGACAAAACAACAUUGUUCUUAUUUUUAGUGAAAUCUGCAAAAAAUGGAUACACAUUUAACUAUUGAUUGAAAUACUGUACAUGUAAUAAAUUAGAAAGAAAAAAAUAUGAAUUCUCUCAAAAUAAUUUCAGUGGUAUGGCUUCUUCCAAAUUACAGAAUAUCCUGUAUACUGUUACUACAUGAUAAAAUACUAAUGUUUUAAGAAUUCAAGUAUAUUAUUAACAUGUAAGAAACUCUACAUUUUCUCAGUAUUCAGUUUCAUGUUUAAUAUCAUUAUUUUAUUUAUUGGAAAUUGUCACAAGGGGCAACUGCUUAUUCUGCCCCCCUACUGUCGUUUAGGAAAUUGAAAAUCUCUAUACAAAACCAGUGCUUGAGGGGGAAACAUAUUACAGCUGCACCCCCUUGUGGCCGUACAGAAUAGAAUAUUAAACAGGAAGGAAGUCACACAAGUGUAGUCCAGGUUUCCAGUUGGGAUUCACACACGGGUAUCAGGGGUGCAAAACCCCACAGGCAAACGUCUGCAUCCACAUCCAUAUAUAAAAUAACAGCAACAUCAAAAAGCCCAUAGGCAAGAUUGAAAGACCGAAACACAGCAUUGAUAGAUGUCCUGUAGUAUAGAAAUGUAGGAUGGAAUGAUUGCAGACUGCUUGGCCCAGGAUCUUGUCUGCUUCUGGUCUGGCAGGCGUCGUCCUCAAUUGAUGUGCAACUGUCAACGCCGGUGAGAGGUUAACUAAGGCGGGCUGGUGGAGGACCAUUUACCCCAAGAAGGGAGAUGCAAGGAGGAGGCAGGGGAGGAAGACUUUCAGAACAUUAUGUAAAAGUUUUUCUGCAGAGCACAAAGCAAUGGUCAGUUAGCUGCACCGAAGGCUGGACCAGGCAGUCCUGAGCGCAGGCAGUUCUGUCACUGGCCCUGCAAUUGCCGCAACAAGCCCUUGUGUGCUCCGGGAGCCAGUCUGGUGAGGGAUGGCUGCGGAUGCUGCAAAAUGUGUGCCAAGCAAGUCGGGGAGAUCUGCAAUGAGGCUGAGGUGUGUGACCCUCACAAGGGGAUGUACUGCGACUAUUCAACCGAUGGGCCUCGCUUUGAAGUUGGUGUGUGCGCCUACAUGAUGGGAGUGGGAUGUGAGCUCAGUGGUGUUUUUUAUAACAAUGGUCAGACAUUUCAACCCAGCCCCCUGUACAAAUGCACAUGCAUUGCUGGUGCGAUUGGCUGCAUGCCCGCCUUCACUCAAGAAACUGCUGCUAAACCAGCACAGCUCAGUGCUGCCAAUGAUCCAAGGAAGCACCAACAGGGUACAACCUACAGAACAAUGCCAGCUUACAGGGCCCAUCCUGUAGCAUGGAAAAGGAGCUGCCUGGUCCAGACCACGCCAUGGAGCCCCUGCUCAAAGUCCUGCGGAAUGGGCAUCUCCAUCAGGGUGAACAACGACAACAGCAAAUGUGAAAUGAGGAAAGAGCGCAGGCUGUGCUUCCUGCGGCCCUGUGAUAGCUAUAUACUAAGAAAAGUGAAGAUACCAAAAGGAAAAACUUGCCAGCCAAAGAUCCAGCCACAGAAACCAGAGAAGCUAACUCUUUCUGGCUGUACAAGCAAUCAAAGCUACAAACUCACAUACUGUGGAGUCUGCAGCGACAAGCGCUGCUGUAGCCCCAACAAAUCAAGAAUGAGUACUGUACAGUUCAAUUGCACUGAUGGGGGAAUUGUUCAGUGGAAGAUGAUGUGGAUCACCUCCUGUGUAUGCCAUCGGAACUGCCAAAAGCCUGGAGACAUGUUCUCUGAACUCAGAUUUCUUUAGUUACCGACUAUCAACACAGAAUGACAUACCUGAAAACCCGGCAAGGUGGAGUUAAAGAGAUGUUUUCAAAUGGUCUUGAAACCGUUCAGGGUUGCGUUUUCUUAUUUCCGCAGCACCUACACCGCAAGUUCAGGAUUCACAUGACAAUACAAUUGCUAUGGGGGGGGGUCGGACGACUGCCUUUUAUAAUUCUGACCAUGAUCUGUGCAAAUCUAUUAAACAUAAUGCAAUGUGCAUUCUGAGAAACUAUAGACUUUUUCACUGGCACUUGUACAAUAUGUUUUCAUCAUAAACGUAUACUGUACAUGGAGUUAUGAAACAUUGCAAGCUGAUCCAAAUUCAUUGCUUUACUGUUGCAAAUCUUUUGUUACAGGUUCAGACUACAGAAUUUUACCACUACAGAGCCACUGCUUUAUCUGAGAACUUUAAAUAGCAUAUCUUGGUAGAAUCAUUACAAGGGAUGGGACGGAUUGUAUUACAUUACGACCACACAUUAUUUAAAAAGGGACAAUUAAAUAAAGCUUUUUGGUUUUUUGUAGGGUUUUUAAGAAGUAAAACUGCAUUUGCUACAACAAUUGUGAUACAAUAUUUAGUAGUGAGAUUGUUAGGAUUAAAAUAACAUCUAUGUAGACUACACGUUUGUGUUAUGUACCUUGUACAUAAAUAACUGAAAUGCAUUCUCAGCUGAAGAAGGGACUUGCGUGGUAGGGGAAACUUGUGUUUGAUUUACAUUUUUAAUAACGUCUAAUAAAGUUUAGAAAAACUUUUCUCUUUCUUCUGUAUGUAUGUGCAAGUUAAAAAUAUAAAAGGUUCAAAUAAAUGCAAGAAUACAAACCCUUAUGUCAUGGGUCCUCACAUCUGUCACACUAAAGUUUAGAUAACUGCUUAUCCAAUUUUGAUGAAACUAGGAUCCAGAAUGUGCA